GGCCAAAAAAGUAUCUAUAUAAUCGGUACUCGUUGUUCUCUCCCGAUGGAAAAAGAGGACGGUCACUCAUAUCUUCGAAAAGGAGUGGAUUAGUCUUGUCUUCAAUGCGUGAGCACUACAAAGCUCAAAAAGAAGGUUUGGCAAGGCCUUUCUUGUUACUAUCAUCAUUGGACGAGCUCUUCUAGAGAUAAAGGGCUUCAUCCGCACAGACAUGCUGCCUGUCGAGGCUGCUUUCCUUUCCAAGGCGCGGCUUCCUCGCAGCGGGCCUCACGUGGUCGCGGCGACGCGAAGAUUCGGUGCAGGAGGCAGCAUACGGGACCCCUUCGAUAAGUUUUUACUCCGCGUUCUGGUGGACCGUAGACCGAUUAAAGUCGCUUUGAUAUGUGGCGAAACCGACCCGCAACGAAUGCAAUCCACUCCUGAAAGCAAUGGUAACAAUAAUUCUAAGUUCACAACAGUGCUGGCGAACAGUGCCAACGAAGCCUUGAGUGGAACGGCCUUCCCGUAUUUCCCGCGUGGUGGUUUUCCUGCAAACGACCGGGACUUCGGUUUGUCACGAAGCAACCGGUGGGCCUACGACUGGCAGAAGGCCUCGCACUGGUGUGGGAUGGAGAGCGGAAGCGGAAUGCUGUAUCCCGCGCAAUGUGUAGAUGGAUUGGUGCACGCUGCGGGUGGCGACAAACUUAAGCGUGAGUUGGCAGAAGCAGGCGACUUUCUCCGAGAAGAGGUUCGUAACAGGUUGGAUUCAGAAGCACGAACCAAAAAACGCGGAUCGAUUCUUUACUCGAAAAUAGUAGAGAAGCAACUGCAACUUCAACCGAGCGCGAAUGCUUGCAAUUUCCUACGAGAGUGGGUAUCAGCGAUGACGGAUGGAUUAGCGAGCCUUCGGAAACAAAGCAAAAGCGGUAAAGAGGAACAGGGAAAAAGCGGUUCUGCCGGCAUUGAAGCUGGAGUAUAUGGCGAUGUGCUCUGUCCGCCUGGCUGCUUCAUUGCUACAACACUUCCAGCACUUCAGUUUUUAGAUGAUGGAGUUACAGUGAACUUGGGUGCUGUUUUGCAUUUCGUCGCCCCUUUCCACGACGACCUGAUGCUUGAGGAGCGUUUGGCAAGGUGUUAUCAGUCUCUGCUGAAGAGGGUGCUGUUCAACAUCAGUGGAGCUGAUCGCAGCAUCGGACUAGGAGAAGCAAGUCAAGCAAAUCGCUCAGCACUUCUUUCGGGCAUCGAGAAAUGGAAUCAGGGAAAACUAGAUCGAAUUCGCGAGAUUAGGUAUGUAAGGCUGCCUCUACUCGGUGCUGGAGUACGGGGUAUCGCAGUAGAUGACGCAGCGCGGGUAGCAGCAGAGAGCAUCCUGUCGACAACGCAAGCUCUAGCUCCUGCCAAUGAAAAAAAUGACACACCACUGCAGGAAAAAAAAAUGUGCGAUCUGCAUUUUCAUGUGCCAGAAGAAAAUGACUUUCGAAUUGUGACCAACAUUUUUCAAGAAAAGUUUGGCUCUAGAAAAGGCAUCAUUGAAGGCAACACACUUGAAAGUCUGCGCAGUUGGCAGCUAACACCAUACCAAACAAAGAAAUCUCUGAAAGGACAAGAUGAGUGCACGUCGCGG